CUUCAUUUUGAACCUCUUUGAAAAUGCCAUGAAAAUGCCAAGACCCGGCCAUCAAUUUUCGAUUGCGACUGUCAGGUAAGUGGGUGAGUAAGUGGAGAUGAGCGACGUAUUAUACGUAAUUGGAACUUCAAAUCACUACAAGUGGAUGAUCUCGACGACACCUCCCGAAGUUUACCAUUCAAGAUGGAUAUAUUCUUACGUUUGCGCGCACUCCUAGUGGCUUGGCUGGAACCCCGGCGGUACUCCAUGUACCAGUGUACCCACCGAACCUCUCCUUUGAUGAGAUUGAUUAGAUUGAUAAGAUUAUCUGUGUCUAAUCAAUCGGCUCACCUGCUCACAUGUCACUUAUUCUUUGUAUGAAUGAGGAAGCUUUCGACCGAAUACCAAGACGAAUACCAAGAGAUUUUAUUUUAGUUUACAGCUCCGGCUGCGGACCUCCUAUACGCACCAAGGGCCUGGAUGAUCAUGGUUGCCAUUCAGUUAAUAUAAAAACCGACCCAGGUUCCGGGCCCUAGCCAUGCUUCCGUUUUUACUAGUCGUCUUCCUUUUGGUGUUCAGGACUGAGAAUAGAGUGCGGGUGAUCAAUUCAUACAAUGGCAGAUUCGCAACCAACACUCAACAGCCUUGCGGCAAAGAUUACGGAACUCUCGGAGACGUUUACGCGCUACUUGAAGGACAAUAAUAUCCAACAGCCGACCUUUGCGGCGGAUAGUCCGACCAGCUACAGUGGCUUGUCGCCCGAAAUAUUCGUAACUCGUCAAUUAUUAGCGGAUGCUCUAUCAGAUCUAUGGUAUCUAUCACAGGGUCCGAGUGAGAGUAUCUACAAUUAUGUCCAUAGCUGCAUACCUGAUGCUGCAGCACUCAACAUCUUGAAUCAUUUCGAUUUCUGGUCUGCCGUCCCCCUUGAAGGUACCGCCUCGUACCCUGAAAUUGCCCAGCGCGUUUCUCUUCCUGAGGAGGUCGUCCAGCGGGUUCUACAGCAUGCUGUGACUCUCCGUAUCUUCGAAGAAACAGAUCCUGGUAAAUCCUCGUCGAGGAUACGUCAUACUUCUCGAUCAGCAGCAUUAGCACGGAAUGCCGGGCUAAAGGCACUUGUCUCUUCAGUCUUAGGCGUCGCAAGUGCACCGAUGAUGGUCAUGCCUGAAGCGUUGAGGAGAUAUAGCAGUGGAAAGCCGGCUUUAACCCAGAACAUGGACGAGACAUCAUUUGGUUUACUAUAUAGCGGAGGGAAACUCGGGAAGUACAAUAAUUCUUGGGGUCUGCUUGAGAACGAUGGCGAAGGAGAGAAAAAGGGCUGGCGGCAGAGAAAUUUUGUCGCGUUCAUGGCCUAUCUCAAAGAGAUAUUCCAUCUCGAAGGAAUCUUGCUCGACGCUUAUGACUGGAAAGCCGUAGGAAAGGCAUCAGUGGUUGACGUCGGGGGCUCUGCUGGUCAUGAUGCUUUCGUGCUGGCUCGAAAAUUCCCUGAACUCACCAUCACGGUGCAGGACUUACCGCAAGUGCAGCCGGUGUUCGAGGCCAAUGUCCCCGAAGACCUAAAAGACCGCGUGUCCUUCGUAGCACAUGACUUCUUCCAGCCGCAACCUGUUCAGGCAGACAUCUAUGUAAUCAAGUUGAUCCUCCAUGACUGGCCAGAUCACGAGGCAGUCAAGUUGUUACGAGCUAUGAUUCCUGCCCUAAAGCCGGGUGCUCGUUUGGUCCUUAUCGAGUAUAUGGGUAACCAGGGCGAGACCGAAGGACCAGCUUUGCCGCGCUCGAUCCAAAACAUGGGUACGGCUACCGAUCUAAGAAUAAUGGCACUAUUCAACGCGAGAGAGCGACCUGUUGAUGCGUGGGCUAAGAUUUUCCGCGAUGCUGAUGAGCGAUUUGAGCUGGCUCAUGUCAACGCUAAUCCUUUGACCUUUAUUUCUGUGGUCGAAUUCGUGUGGCGUGGAUAAACUAGUUUGAUUGAGGGCUUGCGAUGGGCUGUGUCUAUAAUACCAAGAGUACAUAGCAUAUAUUGAUGAGUCUUUUUGAAUAAGUUAGAAUAUGGACUUGAAACACCGUCAUCGUCAUAAUCUCAAUGAUGAAUAUUAGUACCUAAUAGUAAGUAGAAUUGUUCGCGUAUCACAACCUAUGAGUUAGGUUUUCGUUGGCGGUCGUGUAACUUUGUAUGAC